AUGUAUUAUCAAAUUGUUCUAUUAUCGAGUAUUAUUUUUCUACUAGUUUUUAUUCAUAUUUAUGUAACACUAUAUUUAUUAAAGACAAAUGAUGAUGUUGAUGAUAUAACAGCAUCAACAAAUGAAUAUUUAUGUCCACAAUAUCCUACUUCUAAAGGAUAUAUUCAUGUUGAUUUUACAGAUAAUUUCUCAUUAAAUUAUUCAAAAAUUUGUAAAUCAGAUGAUAUACUUUUAAUCUAUAUUAUUUCAAAAGCUGAACAUAUAGAACGACGAAAAAGAAUUCGUCGAACAUGGGCAAAUAAAAAUCGAUAUGGACAGUUAUUACAAACUUGUUUUAUAUUUUUUAUUGGUUAUCAAACAAACUAUUCUCAAUCUAUUCGUUCAGAAGCUCAAAUUUAUAACGAUAUUAUACAAUUAAAUAUCGAUGAAACUUAUCAAAAUAUAAUCUAUAAAGAGAUUGGUGCUUUAAAAUGGUCACAAAUAUAUGCAUCACAUGUACCCUAUUUAUUUAAAACCGAUGAUGAUAUUAUUGUUGAUACAUUAUUAUUAAGUGAUAUAGUAAAAUAUUUUCUUGAUAGUAACAUUGAUCAUAGUGAUUAUAUACAACGACAUGAAGAUGUUCAAAAUUUUAUUAGUGAAAUAACAAUGGAUAAUAGAUAUAAUUUAUUUCGAGGAAUUUAUUUAAAUGGAUAUAAAACAAUACGUCGAGGAAAAUUUGCUCUUAAUAAUAUAGCAUGGAAUAGUGAUUAUCUACCAGCAUAUUGUAGUGGAGUUGGAUAUAUAUUUUCAUCUUUUAUUCGUGAUCGUCUUUAUCGAGCAUCACUUUGUUAUGCAAUGGAAAAUAUUCCAUGGAUGAGUGAUUUAUUUAUCUCAGGUUUUCUUGCUACUGCAGCAGCAGUACAUUGUAGUCCUUGGUCAAUAGGAUAUAUACAAUCACGUAAUGGUUGUUCGUUAAGUUUUCAAAAUCAACCACGUUUACUUCUUUGUUCAACAUCUAUGCAUAUCGGACGAUUAUAUAUGGAUGAUUAUGAUGAAGCAUGGACAGCAAUUCUUGAUCGACAUUUAUUAACUAAUGAAACAAUUGAUGAAGAACGAAAGAAAUAUAUUCGAUUAUUAAAAAUACAAGCACAAGAAAAAUUACCUAUUGAACAAUCAAUAAUAGAACAGAUAGAAAAUGAUUCAAUUGCUCAAAAUGAAUCCAUUGUACCAUUGAGUAAAAUGGCAGUAAAAUUAGACUGA